UACCAUAAGAGGCUAGCCUAUUAUUGACCACCAAACAAAUCCAAUCCACUACAUCCAUUUCCAUUGAACUUCACAAUCCACACAACCCAAUAAACAAACACCAAGCAAACAAAGAGGAAGAAGUAUACACUAUCCAGUAGUAUUAGUGUGUAUAAUAAAUCAAUGGCUACAACCAAGCUUGUAUUAUUAUCCUUCCCUGCAGUGCAUGUAAACUCAACCACUACCAAAAUCAACCCUUCAUUCAAUUUCCAACAUCACCGUACAAGUACUCCAAAUGGGUUCUCUCCACUUCGGUCCUUAGCCAACGAUUUCUUGGGGGAUUUUGGAGCAAGAGACCCUUUCCCAGCUGAGUUGGAAAGUCAAUUUGGAGAGAAAGUUAUUGGUAGUUAUAACACUGAACACAAAAUCCUUAUCCCAAAUAUUUCAGCUCUUUCUCUUUCUCAACAGGAGUGUACCCCCAUUUCACCUUUACAGAACCCCCUUUCUCAAGAUGAUGCUAACCAGCUUAUAAGAAAGGUUUUGGGUUGGAGACUUGUGAAUGAUGAAGGAAUACUUAAACUUCGAUGCUUGUGGAAAUUGAAAGAUUUUAAAUGCGGAGUUGAACUCAUUAACAGAAUCUCUACAGUUGUAGAGACUGCAGGACAUUUCCCCAAUAUCCACAUAGAACAACCAAAUCUAGUCAGAGCAGAACUAUGGACAACAUCCAUUGGUGGAUUAAGUAUGAAUGAUUUCAUUGUAGCUGCAAAGAUAGAUGCAAUAAAGACAUCAGAUCUUAUCCCAAGGAAAAGAGCUUGGGCUUAAUGCUCCAUGAGCUCCAAUCCAUAAAGUAUUUUGUUAUGAAUUUUUGUUCAACAAAGAGUUACCACUAAUUUGUGUUAUUUGAUGAAAUGUAUUAUUCUUUGUUCUCAUUUUAAGUGUUCUUGCUUCUACCUGAAGUCUGUUAAGUAUAAUGAUUCUCAGCAUCAGAAAAAUAUUGUAUACCAGCCAUUUAUAUACAUGUCAACACUUCUACAUGAGGUUUGAACUAAGAAUUAAUCAUUAUGAUUUUAUUUA